GAAUUGUAACUGGAAAUGAUAUUCGUUUGUGUUUGAUUAAGUACAUGAUAUACGCCUUUCGCCGCGUCUUCACGCCUUGCAUUUGACAAUUGAUGACAUGAGUAACAAUGCUGCAAGAUAAGGAUAUUGAACGCUUAUCCAACUACUGCGGGGUAUGCGUGGUAUUCACCUCCUUGACAUACUUGGACUAUAAAAGAUUUCUCUAUCCAACGAUAUACAAUGAUCUAUUGCAACAUAACUUCUUUCUAGGUAAAAGGUUGCUCAAGUGGCUUUGCCAAAUUAUCAAGAUGUCAUCAACUUACACGACGACUUCUACAGCCACCCGCAAACCUUACCAUGGCUCCUGCCACUGCGGACUAAUUCGCUUCGUGAUAUUCAUGAGCCUUCCACCUCCCGUGAUCGAAGCAACGCCUUCUGCAAAAACUACCGUGCGCCUGCGCAAGUGCAACUGUACCACCUGUCAUAAAAUGGGUCUUUUCCACAUCCGACUUCCGGAUUCUCCAAAUGAUUUCAUGCUUCUGAGUCCCGCAGGAAUGCCGCAUGAACAAGGCGGAUGGCAGGAUCAGGGGAUGAGAAAUUAUCAAUGUUUUGACAAAGAACUUGAUUGGUGGUUUUGUGGUAUUUGUGGUGUGAGACCAUUCGCUACUGGAUUGGAUUUCCAAAAUGGGGAAAUGAGGACGGUGAAUUUGAAGGAACUUGGAAUAACCGAGGUUAAUGGAGAGGAGGUCGGAGAAGGUAAAAGAGACGUUUGGAUGUGCCCAAAGAAAGGAGAGGUAAAUGGGAAGCCAACCGAGUGGAUAGAAGGGAAGACUGGAUAUUUGUCUGUGAAUGCCAUUGUGUUAGAGGCGGGCCAGGACGGAUGUGACUUGAGGGAAUGGCAUGAGAAGGGAUGGAUUAGUUACCUUGAUAUUUUGGAUUCGAAGGAGGAAAACAGACUGGGUAAGCCAUGGAGGGGCGGAAUGUAUUGAGCUAAUGUUAGCUAUGAGAUACGGUACGAUGUAAAUUCCAUUCAUUGUAGGGAAGACGAGAUGAGAAGAUUUCACUCUAGAAAUUGCGCGUGUGCA